AUGGAAGCUGAUUAUUUGAGUUACAAAAAGUUUCUGAAAUUCUUCUCGACUCGUAUGGUACAAACGUUAAUUCAGGCAAGACUCGGAGAUGAAAUUGAAUCAAAAUGUUCUCCAUACUCGAAGAAUACAUUGGAUUGGUUCAAUGUGCGAGUCGAUGAAGUCGGAGAAAUCAGUGCGUAUAUCAAAUCGAACAUCAAAAACUAUCCACCGGUCAGUAAAUUGACUCUGGAAUUCUUUUUGUAUACUCCAAGUGGACAAUGUCUUCCUGUGGAAGCAUGGACUUUAACAGUGACAGAAGGAUCUGAGGAUAGUGGAAGAACGGAACUUUAUCAUGAAAUGAGCACUCUUCUUCGGUCCGUAAUAGUCUCUGCCAGAAUGACACCAAUGCAUCGAUUGUAUGUUAAAAAACAGAAUCAGGAAAGCUUUGUUAUCAUGUUCAGAGUUUUUGAAAACGAUGUUUCAUCAGACAUGGGAAAAGGAAAAAAGACGAGAAAAAUUGGAGAGUUGACUUCGAAGUUUGGAACAAUCAGUUUGGAUCUUCAUUAUCGAACUUCUAUGCAUUUUGAGGAACCUGAAAUUGCUCCAAUUAUACCACCAGAAAAUGAGGAAGAAAUGGAAGAUGGAGAAAAAACGGUUGUGGAUGAAACAACUCUACAAACGAGACCUGUUUCUGAAGCUGUUCCAAUUCAAGAUAUGAAAAAAAGAAAAGCCAGUGGAAGUGUGGAAUCCAGCGGAGGGAGCUCAACUUCUCGAGAAACUGCUCCUCGUUUCAUUCUUGGACAGUCGACGUCGAGUGAAGAUUCUCGUCACUCUGACAUUGGGAAUUCGAUGGAAGAAGAUCAUAAACCAUCACUUGCAGAUCUUCGCAAUCAUUCAUUCCCAUUUGUAAAUCUUCUGCAAUCUGCCUACAAUCCAGCAAAUGGAACUAAAAAGAAUUCGUCUUCAACUAGUCUCAGUAAGGAUUUCGAUCCUAAUCUUUUGGAAGCUGACUCUCCAAAACCUGAAGAUGUCCCACCCCCAAGUGUGGAGAAAGUUGCUGAAAGUUUCCGUGCCGCUAAAAUCGACGAAGUGGUUUUGGAGGAGGACGAAGAAGAAGAGUUGCCGAUUGAUUCCAUGGAGCUCAGCGAAGAUUCUUUCGUACAUUUCAAUCAAAUAUCGGAAUUCGGCGGUGCUCCAAGUCUUGGAAACGAACUGGGAGACUAUUUGAAACAAUUGAAACUUGCUCCUGAUAUGUCAACUCCAGGCGAUAUUGACAUUUGCAAUAUGGAUUUGAAAUCGGAGCUCGAGAAAGUGAUUGCCUCAUCCGCCAACUUUGACCAUUUUCUGAAGCAUGUCAAUUCAUUUUCCGACGAGUAG